UUCUAAAGAUAAUGGAACUGAGUUUCUACUACUUGGUCAUAGUCUCCAUAGCACUCAUCCUCAUAACCAAACUGUAUCUCCAUAACCACUUUUCCAAACCCUUAGCUCUCCCCAUCCUUGGCCACCUCCACCUUCUCCAAAACCCUAUCCACCAAUCCCUCAACAAGCUAACCCAAAAGCAUGGCCACAUCCUUCACCUCCUCUUCGGCUCCCGCCGGGCCCUCAUCGUCUCCUCCCCUUCCGCCGCCAAAGAAUGCUUCACUAACAAUGACAUCAUCUUUGCCAACCGUCCACUCAUGCUCUUCCGCAAGCACUUUGGCUACAACGACACCGCUGUCGGAACUGCCCCUUAUGGCCAACACUGGCGAGAAUUGCGGCGUUUCAUGGCUGUUCACGCUUUAUCUCCUUCUCGUCUCCCAUCUUUCUCUCCUGACGUCCACUCUCUUAUGCUCAAGCUGUACUCCGGCGCUGGCGAAGGGUACAACAACUUUAAGAAAGUGGAAGUGAAGGAUAUGUUGUUUGAGAUGAUGAUGAACUUGAUGUCAGAGUUGAUAGCUGGAAAGAAUUAUUAUGGUGAGGGAUAUGAAGAUUUAAAGGAGGGGAGGAAGUUUAGAGAGGUGGUGGAGGAGGUGUUCUUGUUGAGUGGGACUUCAACGGUGGAGGAUUUCAUCCCUUUUGCGAGAUGGAUGGGGAUAAGUGGAGCUGAGAAGAGGAUGGAGAAAGUGGGGAAGGAGUUGGAUAAUUUUUAUCAAAAGAUUAUAGAUGAUAGGAGAAGAGUGGGAAAGUGGAAGGAGUAUGUUGAUGAUCAUGAUCAAGAAAAGAAGAGUAAUAUUGUUGAUGUCAUGCUUGCCAUGCAAGAGAAAGACAAGAACAAUUACUCUGAUGUUGCCAUCAAAGGGAUGAUAACGUCAUUGCUCGCAGCUGGGACUUUGACAGUAGCAGCCAUAAUGGAGUGGGCAAUGGCUCUUCUGCUAAACCAUCCAGAUGCACUAAAGAAGGUCAAAGCUGAGAUCAAAGAACAAGUAGGACACAGUCACUUGAUCAAUAAUUCAGAUAUCUCUAAACUUCACUACCUCAAUAAUGUCAUCAAGGAAACCCUAAGACUUUUCCCAGCAGCACCUUUACUUGCCCCACAUGAAUCAUCACAGGAUUGCACUGUGUCAGGGUCACACAUUCCCAAAGGAACCAUGCUCUUAGUCAAUGUUUAUGCCAUGCAAAGAGACAAUCAACUUUGGGACAAUCCGUUGGAGUUCAUGCCUGAAAGGUUUGACAGUGAUGAUAUUGUUCGUGGAGAUGAAGGUUAUAAGUACCUACCAUUUGGAACUGGGAGACGGAGGUGCCCUGGAGAAAGCUUGUCUUGGAAUGUCGUGGGAUUGACUCUUGGUGCUUUGGUUCAGUGCUUUGAGUGGGAGAGAGUGGGAAAAGAGUUGGUGGAUUUGAGUGAAGGCGUGGGGCUUAGUUUGCCUAUGGCUAAACCAUUGCAAGCUAUGUAUAAACCUUGCAUGGACAUGCAUGCUGUUCUUUCCCAACUCUAAAAUAUUCUAUCCAUAUUUUACA